AUGGGGAGAUCAAAGAGCUUAUCCUAUUCUCUUAAUCGAUCCCUUCAAAGAUUGCAAGGAACGUUCAAUUCUUUAUGGAGUGGAGGAAUACUUAGAAAGGAAGGGUUUCAGAUACAUAGGGUUCUGGUUUCUCCAUUUUUGAGGUGUAUUCAAGCUGCUUCGGUGGUCAUUGCUGCUCUCUGUGCAAGCGAGGAGGGCCUUCAUGAGUUCAUGACUAAGCUUGGGGCGUUGGAGAUUCAUCCAUCAGAGUUCAUGGAGCACCUUGCUGAGUUCACCAGUAAGGAUGUGGUGUUUGAUCCAACUAAGAUAAAGGUCUCAAUAGAGUAUGGACUUUGUGAAGCCUUGUGUGGGCCGUCCAUAAAGCCAGAAGUGAUUUCUAAAGAUGGGAAUUGGUUCCCUGAUGUUUCUGAGCUUGAUGCUUUGUUACCUCAGGGGAUUGUUGAUCGCUCUGUUGAAUGUGUGUACCCAAAGUUGCCGGAAUAGGACGAGAAACAGAAAGUGUCGUGCAGAAGACUCAAAAGAGUCAUUCGGUCUCUUGCAGACAAAUUCCCCAAUGAAAAUCUGUUACUCAUCACUCAUGGUAACCCCUCUCUCUUUCUCUCUCACCCACACACAAAGGCAAUCUAGGUUCACCAACAGACAA